AUAGGUCAACUUCAAUCCGAGUUUAUAUCAAGUCAUGCCGAGUGUUGCUCCUUACUCUUUCCCAAUCGCCCACCGCACGCCAGCUUCGUUUUGCUCAAAAAGAAUGCAUGAUGACCAAGUCAACUAUCAAAGAUCCUUUCGCUGAUCAAGAAGUGACUGCAUGGAAGUCGCAAAAGGCUCGCGCCUGGGAGCAACGGCAUAUGAAUGCGGAACAGUAUUAUCUUCACCAUGUGGAUCCAGGCACGAUGAUUAACAUUGGACAAUUUAAUGUUGCAGAAAAGGAACAAUUUCAAGAAAGGCUUCACGAAUGGGAGGAGAGAAAUCUCGUCCAGAGUUCUGCGUGGGGGGCAUUUUCUCUUUCAAUACCAGGCAGGACUGGAGUACAGUGCCGCGAACGCUACAAAAACAUGGUCAAGGAAGGGUAUACAAGCAGUUCAAACAAAUGUUCAUCCAUAACUACUGCGGCACUGCCUGACACUGAAUUAUCCGAAUCGUGGGGAACCCAGGAAACACGACAACUCGAGAACCACAUCGACUGCAUUUAUCAGCAAUCGCAUGGAAAGAGCCAAGUGACAUCAACAUCAGCGGCCAGACAAGCAGUCGAACUACAAACAAAUGGCUUGCCAGUUGAUUCCAAAAUACCACCAGCUCCAGCCCAUCGACCCCUACCAACAAAAAGAGGAACACCCAACAAGCAAGACCAACAAGUGAAAAGAGUUAGAUUAGUCCUGUCACAAAAAUCUAUGAAUUUGGAUGAAUAAAAGUCUUCUGUUAUUAUAGUACUGGGAGUGGGAUAAAGACAAAUAAGCACGUUUCAAACUUAGUGCCUGCAUGUGCUUCAUUGUCAUUCAUUUACUGAACGAGUAUCUUCGAUAUGUCAUUGUCUGCACUCAAAAAGCAUAU